GGUCACGUGACAGACUUCCAUGCUCUGCAGAGAAUAGUCGCUUCCUGCCUUGGAGUAAAACCUGCGAAUAAACUGUAAUUAACGUCAAUAAUAAGGCGAAAACCCGCGUUAAAGUGGAAGCAGAGUAGAGCUAACGCACUGUUGUCGCUCAGACUUAGCGUCACGAUGAACCCGGAGAACUUCUCCCUGAGUGAGAGGAUCGUUUCGCCGUCCUACGUUCGCCAGGGCUCCCAGGCGCGCCGCGGACACGAGCAGCUCAUCAGACAGCUCCUGGAGCAGGGCAAGUGUCCGGAGAAGGGCUGGAGCGAGAGCACCGUGGAACUGUUCCUCAACGAACUGGCGCUGAUGGACAGCAACAACUUCCUGGGGAACUGCGGCGUGGGCGAGCGAGAAGGGCGUGUGGCGUCCAGUCUGGUGGCCCGGCGCCACUACAGACUGAUCCACGGGAUCGGCCGGUCGGGGGACAUCGCCGCGGUCCAGCCCAAGGCGGCGGGCUCCAGCCUGCUGAACAAACUCACCAACUCGGUGGUGCUGGACGUCCUGAGGCUGUCAGGGGUACGGGGCGCGGCCAGCUGCUUCGUGGUCCCCAUGGCGACGGGGAUGAGCCUGAGCCUGUGCUUCCUGACGCUGCGCCACCGGCGGCCCCGGGCGCGCUACAUCGUCUGGCCCCGCAUCGACCAGAAGUCCUGCUUCAAGGCCAUGGUCACCGCAGGCUAUGAGCCGGUGGUGGUGGAGAACGUUCUGGAAGGCGACGAGCUACGGACCGACGUGGCGGCCGUGGAGAGACAGAUCCAGGCGCUGGGGGCGGAGAGCGUGCUGUGUGUCCACUCCACCACGUCCUGCUUCGCCCCCCGCGUCCCCGACAGGAUUGAGGAGCUGGCCACGCUGUGUGCAAAGUACGACAUCCCCCACAUCGUGAACAACGCCUACGGGGUGCAGUCUUCCAAGUGCAUGCACCUCAUCCAGCAGGGGGCUCGCGUGGGCCGGGUGGACGCGUUUGUGCAAAGCCUGGACAAGAACUUCAUGGUGCCAGUAGGUGGCGCCAUAAUCGCCGGAUUCGACGAGGCCUUCAUCCAGGAGAUCAGCCAGAUGUACCCAGGUCGCGCCUCAGCCUCGCCCAGCCUCGACGUCCUCAUCACCCUGCUGGGCCUCGGGGCGGGGGGCUACAAGAGGCUGCUGGCGGAGAGGAAGGAGAUGUACUCCUUCCUGUCUCAGGAGCUGGGCAGUCUGGCCGCGGCCCACGGAGAGAGGGUUCUUCACACCCCCCAUAACCCCAUCUCCCUGGCCAUGUCCCUGGACGGUCUCCGUGGCGACGGGGACAACAAGGCGGUCACUCAGCUGGGAUCCAUGCUCUUCACCAGACAGGUGUCUGGGGCCAGGGUGAUCCCGCUGGGCAAGGAGCAGACACUGGGCGGCCACACGUUCCGCGGAUUCAUGUCGCACUCGGAGGCGUACCCGGUGCCCUACCUCAACGCCGCCGCCGCCGUGGGCGUCACGCGGGACGACGUGGUGCUCUGCGUCAAGAGGCUGGACAGGUGCCUGAAGGCCUUGAGGAAGGAAGGAGGUGGACCAGGUGGUGGUGGUGGAGGAGGAGGAGGAGGUGGUGGAGGAGGAGGAAGUGGAGGAGGUGGUCGUGAUGAUGAUGAAGAUGAUGAUGAUGAUGGAGCUGGUGAUGGUUGAGGAGGAGCUGGUGAUGGUUGAGGAGGAGGAGGUGGUGGAGGUGGUGGAGGUGGUGGUGGCGACGACCACAGAAGCAUUUCCCCCGAGGCCCAGAUGUGUGACGAGGGCACCGCUGGAGACUGAAUUAGACAUGACGACAACAACAACAACAACAACAACAACAACAACAGGAAGACGGCACUUGCUUUAAAUGAACAAAGUUGCAAACUCUAUAGAUUGUGUCUUUCGCGCAAAGAAAAUAAAUGAAUGAGACACUCGAAUACAAUAUAUAUCUAUAUAGUAAUUCUCAAUAAUGGCGUUUUUCUGUAUCAUUUUAGAGGAAUACGUUUCUUAUUUUCAAAAAUUGUUUUGUUUUGAAUAGACAAUUGGAUGAGGUCCAAGGAACAAAACAUCGAUUGAUUCUGCACUGUUAAAUCCCAAUCGUUGAAGCUCAUGUAUGUAUUUUGAAUCAUUACCAAUGUUUUCUUUUUAUAAACGAUGGCUGCCAUCCUUUCUGCA